AUGAAAGUUAGUAGCGGUGCCAAAGCAGCAGCAGAAGCUGUCGCCAUGGCCACUGCACUUGCCGUUAACGCGGCUGCGGCCGCAUCUACGGCUGUAGCUGUGGUCGCUGGAGCAACCGGGCAAAUGAUCGCUACAGGCCCAGAGCGAGCUGGCAUUGCAUUUGUGAGUUUAUCGAGUUUGUCAUCAUCUCCACCACCGAUAGCAGAUGCCGUUUGCAGAACUUAUGCCCCCUUUUUUUCCACCUGCUUGUCAAUUGGUCGCUGCUAA